AUGCAUGUUCUGAUAUGUGCUUUUAGAGGAAUACAAAGACUGUGUGAAGCUCUUUUUUCGAGGAAAUGUGAUCUGAAGCAUCCCCCUGGGGAUGAAAUCUAUCAAAGCUCGAUCUUGUCAGUGUUUGAGAUAUAUGGCAAGGUCUAUGCGCAGAACCUCUGUUAUCUGGCAAAGUUAUUUCUUGACCAACAAACUCUUUACUACGACGUCGAUUUGUUCAUGUUCUAUAUUAUGUGUGAAUGUGAUGAUCGGGGGACGCGCCACAUGGUUGGAUACUUUUCAAAGGAAAAGAAUUCAGAAGAAGCGUACAACUCGGCUUGUUCUAUCCUUACCCUUCCUCCAUAUCAAAGGAAAGGCUAUGGAAAAUUCUUAAUAGCCUUAUAUGAGUAUUCUUUCCAUCUAACUCUUGUUCUGCUCUCUCACAUCUCUCCACAAGCUCACUCUUCUCUUUUUUUUUUUUUUACUAAGUUGAUAACAACUUACCCAUUUUGUUGUGUUAUAUAGCAUACAAACUCUCAAAGAAAGAGGGAAAAGUCGGGACACCGGGGAGACCGCUAUCUGAUCUAGGCUUAGUGCGUUACAUUACAGGACUCUGAUUUUCUUAGACAUCCUCAUGAAAAAGCACAAGGGAAACAUAAUCAAAAUGCAGGAGAUGAGUGAUAUGUCAGCGUUGUUACAAAUAAAAAGAGUGAUAUGGCAGCGAUUAAAGCAUUAAGCACACUUCAGAGCUUGGAACUGAUACAGUAUAGGAAAGGACAACAUGUGAACUGUGCAGGCCGAGGUGGUCUUGAUGUAGACGUUAGCAAAAUGAUGUUGACUCCUUUCAGAGAGCAGAAUUAAGAGUAAGAGCCAUACAUUUCAAACUACAAUGUGUUUUUUAGGU